AUGAUUGAGAACCGCGGCCCUGAGCUCCUAGGCGUCAACAUCUUUUUCGUCUCGGCGGCGGUGUUGGCCACUGCGUUGCGAUGCUACAUCCGGGCUGGCUUGGUCAAGGCUUUUGGAACGGAUGACUGGCUCAUGGUCCUGGCUUUGGCCUGCUUCAUAUGCUACUCGACCUUCUCGAUACUCGGCGUCCACUAUGGCACCGGCAGGCACUUCGCGGACAUAGAAGAUGACCAUAUCACUAAAGCACUCGAGUGCUGGUGGUUCUGCUACCUCUUCUACUCCCUAAGCAUGAUCGUCUCAAAGAUGUCCAUCGGAUUCUUCCUCUUGCGAAUCACGACCCGAAGACUCCACAGCUGGAUCGUCUACAUGGCCAUGAUGUUCACAGUCCUGGCUGGAAUCGUCUUCUUCUUCGUGACGCUGUUCCAGUGCCAUCGGAUCUCGUUCUUCUGGAACAAGAGCCAGCCGGGAAGCUGCAUCGAUGUCAACAUUGUCAUUGCCUUGGCAUACUUGUACAGUGCCUUCAGUGUCAUAUCCGAUUUGACAUUUGCCAUUCUCCCAGCCUUUCUGGUUUGGAAUCUCCAAAUGCGGAAGAAGACGAAGUUCGCUUUGAUUCCAUUGUUAAUCAUGGGUUGCGUUGCUAGCUCAGCUGUCUUGGUUCGCUUCGGAUACCUCAUGGGCCUCAAAGAUGCCGACUUCCUAUGGUCCACCCUUGACAUCGCCAUCUGGUCAUCCGUAGAACAAGGCCUUGCCAAUACCGCCGGUAGCCUCGCGACGCUUCGCCCGCUUCUCAAAGCCAUCGGCUUCAAGCUAGGAAUGUCCUCAGACCCAUACUCGCAUCGUGUCACCGACGACGCAGCUCGUCGGCCGUCAGCCUUCGCUACCACAACAUUUGCGAAGUCCAGCAGCGGUCCUCCGCAGUCGGGCCACGAGGAUGUCUACAACAUGUCAUACUUCCCCUGUAAAUGCUGCGGCACUUUCAAGUGUCAAAAGAGGCAGAGCGAGGCGACUUCGGGAAAGAGGUCGAGUAUGGGCUUCUCGGCGAGAGCAAGCAAAGGUUAUGCCGGUGCCUUGUCACAAAUCAAGAGCGUUAGCGAGACUGGCAGUGAGGAAGAGUUGACAUAUGGGGGGAGGUCAACAAGGGAGGCGUCGCACGACAACGAGAGGGUGGUGCCGCAGAGCUUCCUUAUCAUUGAUGAGCAGAAGGACUCAUUAGUUGGAUGUUUCCGACGUGACGGCCGAAAAACAUUAGUAGAAUCAUAA